AUGAGAGUGGGGCAGGAUAGGUUUGCCUUGUUGGAAGGGCAGCCCUUCCAUGUGGUACAACAGAUACCCAUGAUCGGGUUUGUCCAGAUGAGGCAGUCAGAGUGGGCACUGAUGUGGGCGAACGGCAGUAUGAUCGUAGUACCGCAGUCGCUUAUCAGAUGGCAGUGGCUCAAGGACACGAAUGUCCUUGUUCCACCGCGGGUGAAGGCCAUACUAGGCAUAGUCAGGAAUGGCUCCCCGGUGAGGCCGGGUCGCGUUAAGCGUCGAAAGCUUGCGCGCAAGUCGGCGGGUGCAGCGGUAGCGAUGCGAUAG